ACCGUAAGUCAGCCGGUACGGAACCGGAUGCAGCGUGCCGUUUCUCAGGAGGAGGAAGGAUCGAUCAGGCACAAUGUUGAGAAUCACUAUUCGGGCUGAUAUAAGUACUCUUUGGGUCUUGUUCUGGAUCACAUAUUCUCAGUUUUUGGCCGUGUCCUCUGAUGACAUAGUAGUGGCAUGUGGGGGGUUUGUGAAGUCUGACGUUGAAAUCAAUUACUCUUUGAUAGAGAUUAAACUCUACACUAAACAAGGGUCCUUAAAAUACCAAACUGACUGUGCUCCAAUUAAUGGCUACUUUACGAUACCACUUUAUGAUAAGGGAGAUUUUGUUUUAAAGAUUGAACCUCCCCUUGGGUGGAGCUUUGAACCUACAAGUGUUGACCUUCAUGUAGAUGGUCUCACCGACAUAUGUACAAAAGAAGAGGACAUCGACUUUGUUUUCACUGGUUUUUCAAUAUCAGGAAUGGUCUUGAGUAAAGGCCAUCUCCUUGGCCCAGCUGGAGUAGAAGUGAAAUUGAGUCAUUCUGGAACAGAUGAAAAACUUCAAGCUGUCAUCACCCAACCUGGGGGAGCAUAUAACUUUCACAAAGUGCUCCCUGGAACAUAUGACAUCAUUGCUUCCCAUUCUUCCUGGAUUUUGGCGCAGAGUAAAACAACAGUGCAUAUUUCCACUGCCAACUCUCUGGCUCCUGACCAUUUGGUGGUCGCAGGCUAUGACGUCUCGGGGGAAGUCCGCAGUGAUGGCGAGCCCAUGAAGGAGGUCACUUUCCUGCUUUACUCAGCAACAGUCAAAAGAGAGAAUGUGAAAGGCUGCACCUAUUCUCCAGUGGAGUAUGCAGACUCUGGGGACAGCUCGCUCAUCUACCUGUGCAGUGCACUCUCCAGGGACGAUGGUACCUUUACCUUUCCCUCACUAUCUAGUGGGGAGUACACCGUGGUGCCCUUUUACAGAGGAGAAAGGAUCACUUUUGAUGUUGCUCCUUCCAGAAUGAAUUUCAAGGUGGAACACAACAGUUUGACACUCGAGCCCAUCUUUCGUGUCAUGGGUUUUUCUGUUACCGGCCGGGUCCUGAAUAGUGUUGAUGGGGAAGGUGUAGUUGAUGCUGUAGUUUCCAUCAACAAUCAAAUUAAAGUUGUGAGCAAACAGGAUGGUUCUUAUAGGCUGGAAAACAUGACAGCCGGUACUUACACCAUCCGUGUCCACAAGGAGCGAAUGUUCUUUGAGCCAAUAACAGUGAAAAUUGCCCCUAAUACUCCACAACUUCCUGACAUUAUCACAGCAGGUUUCAGUGUUUGUGGACAGAUCUCUAUCAGCCGCCUACCAGAGGGCAUGAAGCAGCAAGGUCGCUACAAGGUCACCCUGACACACCAAGGUCAAGAUAAAACCCCAGGCCGGAUCAUUGACUCAGACACCCAGGGAGCCUUCUGCUUUCAGGCGAAACCUGGAGACUACAGUGUCCAUGUGUCUCUCCCUGAAGUGGAUGUGAAAGCCGGUUUGGCUCUACAGCCUCAGGCUUUGGAGUUCUCGGUUGUGGACCAGCCCCUCACAGAUCUACUUUUUACCCAAUUCAUGGCCUCUGUCUCUGGAAACGUCCACUGUUUGGCAUCCUGUGAUGACUUGUCAGUCACACUACAACCUGUAAGCCGCCAAGGAGAGAGAAGGAUCAUAACUCUGUCAGGCAGCUCCGACAUCCUCAGCUUCUCCUUUGACAAUGUUCUACCUGGGAAAUACAAAGUAAGCAUGUCUCACGAGGAGUGGUGUUGGAAACAUAAAUCCAUGGAAGUUGAAGUUGUUGAUGGUGACAUCUUGGGGGUCGAGUUACGACAGAUUGGCUACAUCCUACGCUGCUCCCUCUCUCAUGCAAUUACUUUGGAGUUCUUUCAGGAUGGAAGCAAACCUGAAAAUGUGGGUAUCUACAAUCUCUCCAAGGGAGUUAACCGUUUCUGCCUCUCCAAACCUGGAGUGUACAAAGUUACCCCUCGCUCCUGUCAUCAGUUCGAGCAGGAUUUUUACACGUACGAUACCUCAGCACCUACCAUCCUGACUCUUACUGCAGUGCGACAUCACAUGACUGGGCUCAUAACCACCGACAAGAUCCUAGAUGUCACAGUCACCAUCAAAUCGUCCAUUGAGAGUGAGCCAGCGUUGGUUCUUGGCCCCCUGCGGAGUAUUGAGGAGCAGAGACAAGAACAGCAGCUGCAGGAAAUUCAGUUGCGCCGCCAAGAACGGGAACGGCGAGCUGCUGAAGAAGAAGGUGUCAUCAAGGAUGAUAGUCCUCCUAUCCAAGAGAAGGCUGAUGACCUGACAGGCCCCUUCCACUACGAGUUCUCCUACUGGGCCAGGGCUGGAGAGAAAAUUACUGUUACCCCGUCCUCCAAGGAGUUGCUCUUCUACCCCCCUGAAGUGGAGGCCACUAUCACAGGAGAGUCAUGUCCUGGUCGUAUGGUGGACAUCAUGGGACGUGCAGGACUCUUCCUGGAGGGCAAAGUGUCACCAGAGCUGCAAGGUGUGGAGAUCUCUAUCAGUGAAAGAGGAGCUACUGCACCACUCAUUACUGUGGCCACCAACGAGAAUGGCGCAUACAGUGUGGGUCCACUCCACAGUGACAGGCAGUAUGACGUCAAUGCCAUUAAAGAGGGUUUUGUCUUGAGUCGUGUAGAUGGAACCCAGGGCGAUUUCAAAGCCUUUGCUCUGGCUGGAAUCACUUUCAAGAUAAAAUCGGAGGAUGGUCAUCCGUUGUCGGGAGUCCUUCUAUCUCUAAGUGGCGGACAGUUUCGUUCCAACUUGUUGACUCAGGACACUGGUCUUCUCACAUUCAAUAACCUGAGUCCAGGUCAAUACUAUUUCAAGCCCAUGAUGAAAGAGUACUGCUUUAAACCAACAUCCCAGAUGAUUACAGUGGAAGAGGGGCAAAUCCUGAGUGUUGAUAUAACUGGGAGUAAGACUGCAUAUAGCUGCUAUGGAGCAGUGCACUCUUUAAGUGGUGAUGCGGAGAGGGACGUAGCUGUGGAAGCAGUGGGUCAGGGAAACUGCAGCACCUCCAGUGAGGACACUGUUACUGAUGAGGAAGGUCGCUUUCGACUGAGAGGUCUGCUGCCUGGUUGCAAGUACUUUAUUCAGCUGCGAGCCGAAAGUAACGACCAAAUUGAGAGAGCCUUACCACAACAAAGAGCCAUAGAGGUCGGCAGCAGUGACAUUGAGGGAGUCAACAUCAUCGCUUUCAGACAAAUCAAUCAGUUUGACCUCAGCGGGAAUGUCAUCACACCCCCGGAACAUCUAGCAACUUUAUCGGUGAAGUUGUACAAAAGUGACAACUUGGACAACCCCCUCCAUAGUGUCUCACUAGGCCAGUCCCUCUUCUUCCAUUUCCCCUCACUGGACAGAGAUGGAGAGGCCUACAUUCUGAUGCUAUACUCCACGCUGUCCCGCACGCAGUAUGACUUUACUCUACCUCAGGUUUCCUUUACUUCCACUGGCUACCACAAGCACGUCACCCUCACAUUCAACCCAACUCGGAAAGUAGCUGACCAAGAUGUUGCCCAGGGCUCCUACAUUGCUCUACCCUUAACUCUGUUAAUCCUGUUAGCGGCGUACAACCACGAAAAGGUCAUCCCCUUCCUCCUGCAAAUGGUGAAUCGUAUUCAAGGUGUAAGGAGCUUGGCCCAGGCCAGCGGAGACAGUGCUGCCUUGGACGAAGCCAAACGUUUGGCCAAGAGGCAGAAGGCCCGACGCACAUGAGACAGAAAAGCCCCAAACACAUUUGAAUACUCCACUCGCACUCGUUGCUAUCGAUCGUUGAGUCACUUUGUGUGCACAAAAUCUUUGCUGUUGCAUCAAUUGCAAGUUUUCAACAAUCCACUCAACGCUUGGCAUGGGUCAGUGAAACUUUUAGCUUGUUUUAUUUAAAACACCCCCCCCCCCCAAAAAAAAAACAACAAAACCACUUGACGUUAGCUCAGUUGCUCACAUUGACUUUUUUCCCUCUAAUUCAUGAAAAUCAGUAUUUUAGACAUUUGUGAUCAAAUCUUAUAUAUCUAAUUUAUUAGGUUAACUCAGAUCUAUUUGGUGCAGUUAAAAAAAACAACUUGAUUAUAUUGUUGAUACUGAAGCCUGCUGACUCAUGAGCACAUCUGCCUACCAGUCCAGAGGUUAGAGAUUCAUAUCCAGCUUCCCUUUGUUGGGUUUGCAUGUUCUCCCCAUAUACUCGUACUAAGGUUUCCACCCACAUUCCAAAAACAUGUGGUUGGUUAAUUGGAUACUAUAAAUUUUCCAUAGGUAUGAAUGUGAGUGUGUGUAAUUGUCUCCACGUGUCCUGCAAUUACCAGGCAACCAGUUCAUGGUGUACCCCGCCAUUCGCUAGAAGUCAGCUGAGAUGGGCGGUGGCGGUACGUGUUAACCCCUUGUGACUAAGUGGUUUGGAUGGAUGGAUGGAUGUUGUUUUCCAACAUUGGGGUCAGUUCAAGGUCAGCUUUAGUUGAGCAUCUUAGGUGGUUUGACGUAAUAGAACAAGAACCAACUUCAUUAACAUGGAAGGUAUCUGAUAUUCCAUAAGGAUUCCCUGUCACUAUAAUUCUCCCUUUCUGUUUUUCAAUCAGUUAAGUCAAACUUUUCCAAUUCGUAAGUUUUCAAUGAGAAAUUUUGCUCAGGACAAUUAAGAUUAACACGCUGAUAUGUUUUUGUAGGCAUGACAUCGUAAUGAUUUUAUUUAUAUUUAUUUUUAUUUUUUUCUUUACACAUUUCGAUGCUGUCCAGCAGAACCUUUUGCAUCACCAAAACCAUUACGAAACCAAAAACAGCGCUUGUUUAUGUAACGAUUAACAUUGCAUCAUCAAAGUGAGCAUGUCAUUUUCAACAAUUUCAAUUAAUAAAUAAUUUGUAAAAAUAACACAUCCAUAUGGGGGAUGACAACGCAUAACAAUUUAUGGGGGAAAGAUAGAAAGUUUGGACGUGAGGUUUCUGGCCGACAGUGAAGAUAUGCAAAUGGAAAAAAUUAACUAUAUUGCAAACUUAAGUUUCCUUGCAAAUUUGACAAUAGUGGGUGUUACUAUUUUGUGGCAGUUUUUUUUUGUAACCCAUGUUAAACUACUACAAUCGUUUAAAUGUAUAUAUUACAGUAUUGGAUAUUAUUCUGUAAAUGUGCAUUUUAGUACUGUGAAGUCCCAGAUCACAAUUUAUUUCCAACUUUGAAAAUUCCUACAAAUUUGCAACACAAGUAAACCUCACUUUUCCAGUGCCUCCAUCUCAUAUGGUGGACAACGUAUUCAGCGCUCAUUGAAUCUUCUAGUAUUUGUCUUUGAAGAGCUAAAUGUGCACUAGCAUUUGUUCAACUCCACAAGUUUACUAAGAUGAUUUACUCUGCUUUGUGAACCCCUGAAUCCAUCCCUUAUAUUAAUCACAAAUGGGGAUAGAGACAUUACCAUUUUGUUAAAAAGAUUCAUCAUGUGCUCUAACUGUCAGGUGUUGCCAAGAGACUUUGGUACUUUGUGAAGAUUUUUUUUUUGGUUGUUGCUCCUUGGGUUGGGGGGUUGCAGGAAUUACCUGGGACUGAGAUUUUAAUUUAUUAACGGUGGUUUAAAUGUGACUGUCUAAUCUGAGUGUGGGUAAACAACUUAUGUGUGUUGAGGUUGAGGUUGAGACCCCUCAGCAGUAAAUUAUUCAUAGAUCUGGUCAAAAUUUUGAAUAAAAAGACUUCAACUGUGA